AUGAUAUCGGCAAAACGAAAGUUGUCUUCUCUGAAUAGUUGUCCUGAAAGUCGGUCCUCUUURUUAUCUCGACUAACAGUUUCGUGGUUCACACCAAUGAUACUAAAAGGUUAUCGACAACCGUUAACUACAGAUGACAUUUGGUCACUGGAUAGGGAUAAACAAAUUGACAAUUAUAUUAGUGAUUACAAUAAGCACUAUAAGAAAAAUGUUAAAAGAAAUGUUGACUGUUUUAUGCCAAUACUAUACACAUUUUGGCCAACAAUACUAACUUUGACGGGUWUUAAACUUAUACAAGUAUUAUUAUCAUUUAGUCAACCAAUAAUAUUGGGACGACUAUUGACAUACAUGUCUACGACUAAUGAGUCGACCGAUAGUUAUCAAACUGUUGGCUAUUUAUAUGCAUUCCUAUUGUUUUUAUCGCCUCUAAUUGGUUUGGGUUUACUUGAAUCUGAAUUCAAAAAAAGAAAUGUUAUUAUGAUUAUGAAAAUUAAAUCCUCUCUUAUAUCACUUAUUUACAAAAAGUCAAUUAGACUGUCGAGCUCCGGCCGAAAACACUAUAGUACCGGUGAAAUAAUCAAUCUAUUAAACAAUGAUAUGCUAUACGUGAGCGCAUUGUUCAUAUAUAUCAAUCAUCUAUUGCUGGCACCGAUACAUAUCGGUAUUGGUAUGACAUUAUUGUGGCAACAAUUAGGUGCCGCCUCGUUGGCCGGUAUGACCGUAAUGUUGACCGUAAUGGGUAUCAAUUCAUUUGUUACUCGACGAGAGUACCGGUUUUGGGACAAAAUACUUGAACUCAAAGACAAGAGAGUUAAGUCUAUCGGCGAGAUAUUAUCAAACAUUAAGAUACUUAAGUUGUAUGCCUGGGAACCGGCUUUUUUGGAACGGGUUGUUAAUGUUAGGGCUGAAGAGAUGGACUGUUUGAAAACUAUCCAUAGAUUAGGCUCAGCAGUUACAGCAUUGAUUUACUCUGGACCAUUUUUGGUUAGCACAGUUAGCUUUUCAAUGUUUUUACUCAUUUCGGAUAAAAAUAUAUUUGACGCAAACAAGGCAUUCGUAUCGUUUUCAUUGUUUAACAUAUUGACUGGGCCAUUGACUAUGAUACCGCCGACUAUCACAGCAAUAAUUAUGUCGAAAGCAUGUUUUMAUAGGAUUAAUAAAUUUUUAAAMAGCGAUGAAAUUAAUGAACAAUCGAUCAAACAUGAGAUUAACGACAGGACACCUGUUAUUGUGAGAAACGCUUCAUUCAAAUGGGUUAAAGAGUCUAACGAUUCGGUACUAAAGGAUAUAACACUUGAUAUUAAAAAGGGUUCACUUGUGGCAGUUGUGGGUCAAGUGGGCUCAGGCAAGUCAUCAUUAUUAUCAACAUUUUUGGGUGAUAUGGAGCUAACUAAUGGCUCUGUUAAUGUAUGGGGAACAGUGGCUUAUGUUUCACAAAUAGCAUGGAUUAGAAAUACAACUAUUAAACAAAAUAUUUUAUUUACCAAUGAGUAUAACAAAAAACUAUAUAACAGAGUAUUAGAUGCCUGUGCUCUAAGAGCAGACCUGAAAGUUUUGUCWGCRGGAGAUAUGACAGAAAUCGGYGARAAAGGGAUAAAUCUUUCUGGCGGUCAAAAGCAAAGGGUAGCACUGGCUCGGGCUGUCUAUUCCGGCGCUGAUAUCUACUUAUUGGACGACCCGUUGAGUGCUGUAGACGCACAUGUGAGCCGACAAUUAUUUGAUGAGACUAUAGGACCGAAUAGUUUGUUGAAAGACAAGACACGUAUUUUGGUUACACAUAAUCUGUCGAUUUUGCCAAAAGUGGACCAAAUUGUUGUCMUAAAAGACGGACGUAUCUCUGAAAGCGGUUCUUUCGAUACAUUGAUUAAACAAAAUGAAGAGUUUGCUAACUUUGUUGCCGAUUAUCUAAUAAAAAGUGAAUCAAAUACUGACAACAAUGAUGACAACAGUGAAUAUAAUGCAGAACUCAUAGCAAAAUUGAGACAAUCAGAAAACCUAUUGAUUGCCAACAGACAACUGUCUCGAUAUUUAUCGGAUGACAGUUCUCAAGACAAGUCAAMAACYCAACGACAACGACAAACAACAACAUCACCUGAUCUGUCCUUUUUUGAAAACAAUGAGAGAAAUGAUAAAAAUAAAGAACAACCGAUACCAUCGACAGAUAAAACUAAUGGCAAACUAAUAGAUAUGGAGAAGUCAGAGACCGGUUACGUAAAACUAUAUGUUUAYCAAUGUUUCUUACGUUUAAUGGGUUACAGAUCGUUCAUCGUUGUUGUUGUCCUAUAUUUUAUUAGCCACUUGUCUACUGUAGCAUCUGGUCUAUGGCUAAGUCAAUGGUCUAACGAUGCACUUGAAUCAGAAGUCGCUGGUGAUAUCGGUUUGCGUUAUCACCGUUUACUGACUUAUUGUAUGAUUGGCCUAAUCGAGAGCAUCUGUAUGUUUGUUGGAAUGCUAUCGUUGAGAUUGAUAUGGGUUAGGGCAGCUCAAAAUUUGCACAACAAUAUGAUUAAACAUGUAGUUAGAGCACCCAUGUCCUAUUUUGAUACGACACCGUUAGCUCGUAUAGUGAAUCGAUUUUCUCAAGACAUGGAUGUUAUUGACGGACAGAUAGUUUAUUCAGUCCCCAGUUUUGUUAAAAACACAUUUAGUUUAAUUGUUUCGCUGAUAUUCAUUAGUUUGGAAAUACCACUCAUAUUAUUGGCAAUAUUACCCAUAAUAGUCCUCUUCAUUAUCUGUCAGCGCAUUCAUAUACCAAGUUAUCGGCAAAUCGGACGAAUCAAAGCUACCACACAUUCGCCGAUUAUGAGUCACUUUGAAGAAUCGUUUAGCGGUACGACUACUAUACGAGCCUUUGGCUCAACCGAUCAUUUUGUCAGAGAAUCGCACCGUCAUAUUGACGCUUACAAUGCCUGUGAUUAUCUGAGUAUUUGUGCUGAUAAUUGGCUUAAAAUACGGGUUCAGUUUCUGGGAAAUAUUAUUGUGCUUAUAGUUGCAGUGUUUGCCGUCAUGUAUAAGAAUAGUCUAUCCCCAGGAACGGCAGGUUUAACAUUAUCSUAYGCUAUAAACUUUAUUGGCAUUUUGAGUAUGCUAAUCUCAAUAAUAGGCCACUUGGAAACACAUAUUGUUUCAAUCGAACGGUGCCUACAAUUAAUGGAUGUAUCCGUAGAGACUGAAUUGUCUAAAUGUGAUUAUAAAUUAGCACCUGAUUGGCCACAAUCUGGACAAAUAUCAUUCAACAAAUAUAGCACUCGGUAUCGGCAGGGUUUGGAUCUGGUGCUCAAAAAUAUAACACUUGAUGUCAAYGGUGGUCAACGYUUGGCAAUAGUUGGCCGAACCGGUGCYGGAAAGUCAUCGUUAACUUUGGCAYUGUUUAGACUGAUUGAGCCGACGACCGGYACAUUUACUAUUGAUGGUAUUGACUGUUCUCGUAUUGGWUUAAAUGAMUUGAGAUCACGGCUGACUAUUAUACCACAAGAUCCGGUGCUGUUUGCCGGUACUUUGCGACAAAAUGUUGAUCCGUUUGGCAAUUAUAAAGAAAAUGAGAUUUCGGAUGUACUAGAGUUGGCACAUCUCAAGACAUUUGUCGAUAAUGAAAAUGUUGGAUUAGAUUAUGAAAUACAGGAAAACGGUGAAAACCUGAGUGUCGGUCAAAAACAGUUGGUAUGUUUGGCCAGGGCUUUGCUGAGGAAAAGUAUGAUAUUGGUGCUCGACGAAGCAACUGCUGCCAUUGAUGUGGAAACAGAUGAAAUGAUACAAAARACAAUCAGAAGAGAGUUUCAAUUGUCAACUGUUGUGACAAUAGCCCACCGAUUGAAUACAAUUAUAGACUACGACCGGGUKCUGGUGCUCGAUAAGGGACAGGUAGUUGAGUACGAUUCACCACAACGUCUACUCUCUGAWUCUAACUCUUUAUUCUACUCUAUGGCUAAACAGGAAAAUAUUGUUUAG